ACAGUGCGGUUUUGACCCAGCGACAGUGAAGGAACGGCCGAUAUAUUUCCAAGUCAGGAUGCUCCAGUUGCUAAGAUGAGCCCACAGGAAGAUUUUGGAAAAUGCUUAGCAAAUGCUGAAGGCUGGAUGCAAAUGAUCCAGGAACGCUUACAAGCCAGUGACAAUGUACAAGGACCAAAGGCAGCUUUAGAAGACAGGCUGAAAGAGACAGAGGUUAUCCUGACAGAAGAACCUGAAGGAAGACUCCAGCUGGACACGGUGCUGGUGAAGGCAGAGUCUCUCCUGCAGAACAGCAAUGACGAUGAGAAGCAUGAGAUUCUGAAAUCACUGAAGCAGAUUAAAACCAUGUGGGAGGAUACACAGAUCAACAUGGUCCAUUGUCACAGUCGGAUUGAGUGGGUUUUGCUGCACUGGUCUGAGUAUUUGAAAGCGAGGGAAGACUAUUUUUUUUGGCUGAUGAAUAUAAAGCAGAAGUUGGCCCCUGACCUUGAAUCCCAGCUGGGUCUAAAGGAGAAGAAAUUACAGUUAAGCCAUCACACAAUCCUUCUCAGUAACAUCUUGAACCAGGCUGCCCUGCUCGAGCGACUCAUUCAGGAAUCUGGGUCCUUAUUCGCAAAGACUGAAGAUGAGACUUUCAGUGAGGCAGCACAGCUGAAAUUAAAAGCUGAUCAUGAAGCACUUGAAAUAAAAGCAAAGAAAAAGGUGGAAAUUUUGGAAGCAAUUGUACAAGAGCAUCAGCAAUACAUGGACAAUCUGGAGAAAUUCCAAAACUGGCUGCAUUCCAUGAAGGAAAAAUAUAACAACUGCAAUGCAUGCAAAAACAGCAAGGAUCACAUGGAGGGAUCACUUAGAGAAUUGAAGGAGCUGAGCGAUGCAGUCAGCAGCAAGGAGGGAGAGCUGAACAAUCUGCAGGCUCAGGCAAAGGCUGUAAUACACAACACGUCUCCCAUGGGUGCUGAGCACAUCACCAGAGACCUAGAGGAGCUGUGGAGCGACUGGGAUAAUCUGAGACUGAAGUGUAAGCAGGAUCAAGGGCCACUGGAGCUUGGACUCCAUUCUGUGCUGGAAUUCCAGUCCAGGGCUGAGCUGCUGGAGAAAGAAGUUGCCGAGUUACAGGACCGGUUACGUGGCCUGGAUGUGCAGCCUUCAGAUGAGAAUGAGCUCGAAACUGCAUGGCGUAAAUGUCUGAUCGCCAGGUCUUCAAUUUUAGCGGAGGAGCCAAAAGUGGAAGAGUUUCAGCGUAAACUGAAAGAACUUCGCAGAUUCUCUCAGAAUGAUGAACGGCUCUCUGACAAAGUCUUGAAUGUCAUUCAAGAGUAUAAUAGAGUAAAAGGACAGAUUGUGAAGAGGUACAGCCAGUUCGGGGUGAGGCUGCGGUGCAGCUUUCAGGAGCUACUACGAGUGUUUCAGCAAUGGAGGAGCAGCACCCGGGACCUGCUACACCAGUCCCUCGACACCAAAGAUAGGGUGCUGAUCAGGACUUACCUACAGAACAUUGAGGACCACCUGGCUCACAGUAACCAGUUGAAAGCCCAACUUGACAGAUUUCAGGGAUUAGAGGGAGUUUUGAACAGUAUCUACAGUAAAGAGCAAACUGUGGCGUUUGAGUCUGAGCUAAGGGAGGCUGUGCAACAACGAAAAUUCCUCACUGAUGACCUAUUACAGAGGAGGAGAGAGCUACAGGUGAAUUGUCAGGAUCCUGCUGAUCACAAGCUGUUGUUGAAGAAGUUUGAAGAGUGGCUGAAAACUGAAAAUUGGAAGCUGACAAAGAUUUUAGCUGCCAAAAGUCCCAGGAACAGCAGAGAGAUAAAAAACAGAAAACGAGGCCUAAAGGUGCUGCAAUCUCAUGUCCCUCAUGGCCAGAAAAUGUCUGAAGAGCUCAUCAGUGCUGAGUUUACUGGUAUGAGUGAAGAAGAGAAACAGCUGGAAGAUUUGCGAUACCGAUGGAUAUUGUAUAAAACAAAAUUGGAGGAGGCUGGAGAGCUCUCGAUUCAAGGCGAGGAUGAGGUAGAUGAAUUCAGAAAGAAGACAUCAGGAAAGAUCUGCCACUAUUUGUCCCGUGCCUGUUGUGCAGCGCUCCCCCUCCAGCUACUCCUGCUCCUCUUACUGCUCCUCGCCUUUCUUCUGCCACUGAUUGAGGAACAGGACAGCUGCAGCGUGGUCAACAACUUUGCACGUUCUUUCUACCUGACACUGAGAUAUCAGGGUCCCCCUCCAACAUAGCCAGGCACCUUGAGUUCAUUUUGUGCACUGGGUUAUAAUCAUUUCACCAGUGAUGCUGGAGAAUACAACUCAUUCCCUUGUUCUAUUAGCUGUGAUGAUAUCAGUAUUCACACUGAUAUUUUACUUCCUGACAGACUCCACCAGAAGUUGCUUGAUUAUUUUGAAGGUAUUAGUAUGGAGGCCUACUGUUUGCAGCACUGUGACAUCAACAGAUAUUUGCUUGAGGAUAAGGCUCCAUAAUAAACUUUUGUCAGUAUUUCCCUCCGUAUAAUAUUGGGCCUUUUCAGAAAUAAAUUAUUUUAUCUAUGAAGUCAAAGUAAUUUAUUUAGAACCAUUACCCAUUUUUAUAUCAGUUUCUGGCUGAAGUUUGAGAUUCCAGCCCUCAUCUUGCAUUCAGCAAUAUUCACUUUUAAAUCUGAUUUUUGAUUAGUGAAAUUGAGGGAUGUAACUUCUGUGACUGGCCAAGGUGAGAAUUUACUUUAUAUUGUUAGCCAUAAAUUUAUAUCUCUGGCUGACCAAAGUUACCAGAAAUUACUCAUUCAAUCUGUACAUGAAGGAAUUUUCUAACCUGAAAAUCAGUAUUAUUUUUAAAAUUUAACUGAUGUUAUAUUGCAAGAGUUCCAUCAUAAAUAUCAGCCAAAAUUACGCUAUUGAAGUUCAACUAUCUCCUUGCUGUUAUUUCCAGAGUAUUUGGUAUUUAGGACACAAGUUCAAUCACAUCAGCACAGGAGGCUCAUUUGCUCCACCGUGCCUGUGCCAGCAUUUGAAGAGCUAUACAGUUUGCCUUAUUCCCUGCUCUUUCCUCACUCCCCACACCUGCCCCCCACCUCUCCCACCCAACCCCCCACUCCCAGUUCUUCUGACAAUUAGCUUUAUUCUGAGUGCUCUAAUUAUUAAUCCCCCUGCCACUGGAAAGAGUUCCUCCUUAUUUACAUUAUCAAAACCUCUGAUUUUGAACAUCUCUAUUAAAUCUCCCCUUUAACCUUCCCUGCUCUAAGGAGAUCAACCCCAGCUUCUCCAGUCUCUCCUCAUGAAUGGAGUUCCUCAUACCUCUUACUAUUCUAGUAAAGUUCUUCUGCACCCAUUCCAAGGUUUUGGCAUCAAUCUUAAAGCAUAGAAUUGGGCACAAUACUCCAGCUGGGAUUUAGCCAGUAAUUUAUAAGGGUAUAGAAUAACUACGUUGAUUUUGUGCUCUAUUCUCUAUUAAUAAAACAAAGGAUUGUGUAUGCUUUUUUUUUAACAGGCUUCUCCAAAUUUGUCCUGCGUAUUGACUGUUCUAAUGCAAUCCUUGUUCACUUACAUAAACUUUAGCUCAUCUAAAAUUCAGCUGCCCAUAUCCUAACUUGCCUAGUCCUGGCUAUCUAUCACCCCUGUGCUAGCUGACCUAUAUUGGCACCCGAUCCACCAAUUCCUUGAUUUUAAAGUUCUCAUCCUUGUUUUAAAAUGCCUCCAUUGCAUCAACCUACCCUAGCUUUAAUCUCCUCCAUUCCUUAAUCCUUUGAGUUCUCUGUACUCCUCCAGUUGUGGCCACCUACACACCCCUAAUUUCAAUCACUUCUCCACGUACAGCAGUGCCUUCAGCUGCUUAGGCCCUAAGCUUUGGAAUUCCCUCCCUAAAUGUCUCUGCCUAGCUACUUCUCUUUCCCCCUUUAAGAUGAUCCUUAAAACCUUUGGUCAAGCUUUUAACCACAGUUCCAAUAUCUUAUAUUGCCCAAUGUCAAAUUUUCUUUGUUAAUGCUCUUGUGAAGCAUCUUGGGUUGUUUUACUACAUUAAAUAUAAGUGCAAAUUGUUGUCACUUCCAAUGAUUUGUGUAUGUAUACCCCAGUCUCUACUCCUGCAUCCCUUUUAAAAUUGUAUCAUUUCAUUUGCAUUGCAUCUCCUCGAUUUUCCUUCCAUAAUGCAUCACUUACCACUACUGUGCAUUUAAAUUUUAUCCGCUAUGUGUCUGUCCGUUUCAUCAGUCUAUCUCCUUUUGAAGUCUGUUACUAUUUUUCUCACUGUUUAUUCUAUUUCUAAGUUUUGUGCCAUCUGCAUUGCAAUUUUGCCCUAUAUACCCAAGUCCAGGUGUUAAUCCCAGCGGAUGUUACUACUGGACAAAUCAGAUACCAGAGUGAAACCUGGCUUGAUAGAUCCCAACUUUUUUUUGAAACUGUGAAGGAAACAUACUGAACAAAUUCACACUGAUAAACUUUUAACAUAAAGAAUAAACAUUUAUUAAACAAGAAAAAGGAACUAUAUUACACCAGACAAAAAGUCUGGGAAGAUCUCAAUUCAAACAAAAGAAAAUGAUUCAAAUAUUCACUUCCUUCACCCCAGCUUUACUUUACAGAUACAUACAAAUUCAGAAAGAUAAAACAAUUUACUGUAUGUAUCUUAUGCUCUAAUAUUCAGGGCAAGUAUGCGGUAUGUGUGAACCAACUGGCAAACUGUGCACAGACAUGCCGCACUCCAAAGUAAAUGAUAGAUGCGACCCAAGCAGAUUCCAUGCAUUUUUCAACAAUCCAUCCAGAAGCUUGUCGCACUGUGAGCCAACCAACCUCACUGAAACUCAGUAUUUCUCAUGAGGAUUUCCAAUCUUCACAUUUGAAACUCACCUGGGAAUUCUCUCCCACACGUUGCUCUCACUUGGACAGCUUCAACCAGGAUUCAUCCCCAGGGUUUGAAUCUUGCUUUCUGAGAUUCCUUUCCUCAGGAUGUCUGUGUACACUCCAACUUCCAAGUACACUUUCAGGUGUUCAUUUGUGUUAAGCUGAACACUGCUCCAAAAGGGUACCUAUGUAUUUAUGGCCCGCAGCAUGUAGUCACCAACUAUCGACUGCCCUCUUAUCUUCAGGCUUCUCUCGAGCUCACUCUGCUUCAAGUCAGCUCCCUGCAGCUCUCUCUCUGUAAUACGGAGCCAAUUGCUCUGUUCCUUUUUAUCAACUUUGUUUACCAGGAUUUCUGAUCUCUGUUCCUGUCCCUUAACUGAGACCACCUUCUGGGACAUUUUUCUAUCCCACUCCCUGGUUUGGGAUCAUCUUUGUUUGGACCUUCUCCCUGUCCCCCUUCCUGUGUUCUGCUCCCUGGGACACCUCUUGAAUGGCACUCCUCUUCAGGUCAGUUUUGCACUGUUUUACUUUUCUGCGUGUGUACGCAGAGCCGGUCCUUGGCUGAAGAACAUAAAAACGGACGCACUGCGCAUGUGUGGCCAUUUCCCGGCCGGCGCAUGUCCAGAAGUCCCAAGGCCCACUGGAAACUGGAGUUCCUGAACUCCAACUUAAACUUAAGGUAAGUUUUUUUUUCUUUUUAUUACACAGAUUAUUAAUAUAUAGCGGAAGGAACGGUAAUCAUAACAACCACCUCUGGGGGACACCACUAUAUACUUUCUUCCAGUCUGAAAAGCAACUGUUCAACACUACUCUCUGCUGUCUGUCGCUUAGCCAAUUUUAUAUCCACACUAACACUGCCCUUUAAAUACAUGGGUUUCAUAAUCUGAUUAUGGCAAAUUUGAUUCAACAUCAUUUUCAAGUAAUAAAAGCAGCAUUCAAUUAGCCAUCUAUUAAUAAUGUAAAAUGCUCUUGCAAUGCUUAAAUUGAGCAAUCUUAAAAGAAAUCUCUUAACCAAUUUGGAGGGUCCUUACCCAAAUAUAUACAUUACAUAUACACAUGUAUUCACUUGCUGUCUAAAAAUCUUAAUUCCUGUGUUACGAUUUUGAGUCGGCUUUUAAACAUUCAAAAUCCAUGUAACAAUUUAAUGGAAAUCAAUACACAUACACUUUAGUAAAAACUUCUAAUGGAAACCCACACAUGAACAUUUUGCUGUUCUGUUGGCAAACCAAUUGAGUCACUCAAAAUGUUUUUGAAUGCUGUUGCCAUUUGUUCUGUUUUGAAAGUCCAAAGCAAAGUUUUAAAGAAUUAAAAAAAGUUAAGUAUUACAUAUUUCACAACCUGAUUAAAUGUAUCCAUUGCAUUUUAUGUAUUUUAAUAUCUUUAUUAAAGUUUUUACUUGAAGACCUCA